CGCCUUGGCACCAUUGAUGCUGUACGGCCUAUGACGACCGUAGUGCUUCCGGCGAGCGCUACACGUGCUUCGAGAGGCAUCAUGAUCAACGGCUCUGCCGGGGUACAUAAUUGAGUAGGUUGAGAAGCUGCGCGAUGUUCUCCAGGAACCGUUCAGUGUUCGCUCGUCCAACUGCCAACUUCUCUGUCAAACGACUGUCAAACGAGGGAAAAGCCGUCGACCAUGACGCCGGAAGACAUCACGCCUGUCAUGUUUUCGCAAUGGAACUCAUCUGGAAAAACGCAAAUGGUGUCUCCGCCAUCUUCGUUUUCAACCGUGUCAUAACCCUGGGGCUCGUGUUUGCGUACGCCGCGCAGUUUCAACACUACUCGUAUGGGAGCUGCAAAGGUGCUUCAAUAGUUAACGUGGUCUUCAGCCUGCUCUCAUACAUGAUGUGGGCGGUCGUCUCCGGGCUGAGAGUAUACGCUCUCACGAAACGAAGCUGGGCACUGUCGGUAUUGACAUUCGUGUUGGGGAUGGCACCAUGGGUACCAGACGUGUACAUCGGAGCCACACUAUCCUUCGAUGUUAUCUCUCUGCCAGUGGGGAAUCGGGAUCUGUGUCAAGAAAAUACUACCCUGAGCCAGGGAUUUCAACGGAAGGCACUCAUCAUAUGCCGCGUGUCUAGUAUCAUAUCCGACCUCAUCGUCCUCUUCGUCACCAUUUAUCGCAUAAGCCCCCGAUCGUUCAUAUACUCACGAAAGAUGUUCACGAAACGGUCAUUUGCGCAGAUACUGCUCAGAGACGGUUGUAUAUACUUUGUGAUGUUGACCACCUUUAAUGCGCUCGAAAUCAUCCUAUAUCUUGCCGCGGCGAAGGACUAUAUCAACACCUUCAUUGCUCCCAUAGCAGCCGUAUCUGUGUCUCGGUUCAUACUGAACCUCCGCACUUACGCUGCCGCGCCCAGCACAAGUCUAGACUCGCAGGACGACUCCGAGGGCACCACCACGGCUAGGGAAUCGGCUUCACAGACACUGACCUUCGCAUUUGCUGCCGUGACACAUCUCGACACGAUGGUUUUUGUCGAAGACGACGCGACCGAACAUGGUACAUGUGUGUCGUACGUAGGAAGCAGUGUCUACAAUCCUCCAGCAGAGAGCAUACCGUACGGCAGCUUCACAAUGGCUCUUGCCAGAGCCAGACUGUCGCCCGCCGGGUUUACUGUACCUUAA